AUGUCAUACGAUCUCCGUGGCGUGGAACGUGGCAAUCCCACUGGUAGGCGACCGUGGUCCAUUCGACCGACUGCCGUGUAUCACAAGAUUGACUUGACCAACGGUACUUGCACAUGGAUAAUAGUAAAGGCGAACGAGUUGAUCAAAAACCGCGUCAACGGUUGCCUUGGUUUCAAGGAACGCACUGUACCGCACUCGGCUUCUCGGGGUAUUUCGCUGUCAUUGAAAAUCCACACAUUGAUGAGCGAGUGGUCUGCCGAAGGCUGGUGCGAGUAUCUCGACGGUCUUGAGGAUGACUUACAAGCUCUGAGCCGGUCAGCCGUCAGUUUGGAGCUAGAGACUCGACCGUCGGCAUCGGCAAGUGGGCACAACUUGACCAAGCCACUGGAGACUGAUCGUGGGGGCCGAUCUGCGCCCAGCUGGGCCUCUUGGUUACGGCAUGCGUUGAGCUUGCACCAGAACGCCCGACAGGAUGAACAUACGGAUGAAGAGACCGAGUCGAAGCUGGAUGACUCUGAUGAGCUUCCAGAACCACCACCGCCAGAGAUAUCUGCCUUCAAAUCACCAGUUCAGACCUCAGGACCGCGCUUCGACUUUGGGGAUCUGCAAAAGGUCCAGAUACUUCAGGAAGAGAUCAGUAAGAGCCUCCACGUAAUCAACGGGAACAUCGAGAUCAUCUCCAGCGUCCGAAGCUAUUACGAGACGAUUCCAUCUUUGCAAUACAUUCCGAAGGAGAUAACAGAUUCUGCACGAUUGACGCAAGACAUGCUCGGCUUCAUGGAGCGCUCGACAGGCACCGAGAAAACUCUCAACAUGUAUCGCGCAAGAUGUGAGGCGCUGCUUGCCUUGGUUAACGAUCGCAAGACCCUUAUGACCGAAGUUCUUCAAUACCGCAACAUGAUAACGAAUAAGCUUGCCACACAGGAGUCCAUUAAGUCAACCAAGAACACUGAAAAGUUGACCAAGGAAAUGAACGAUCUCACACAGCGCACGAAGUCGGAGACGGUCAUGAUGCGAGUCAUCAGCCUUGUCACCGUCGUCUUUCUUCCAGGAACCUUCAUCUCGGUGAGCCGUGCCUACUGCGUCGCAUCUGCUUGA